UCUUGCGAUAGCGAGAUAGCAGCAACUACAGGUAUUAAAUGUACCAGCAAAGAGACAGACUAUACUGCGACGUGAACUAAGACGCUUCGACAAGAGGAGUGCUGCCUUUGCGAUCACCAAGACUCGGAGAGUGUUCAGUUGCAGGUGCUGCGUGAAGGAGGAGCAGUGGGCAGAAUGGCAGUCAUAUUUAGCUCUUGGUCGGCCGACCUCGCCGUCGUCUUGGUCACGUGUCUGACCGCGCUGUACCUCUACUUCACCCGCUCCUUCUCGUACUGGAGGAAGCGGGGCUGCCCCUACAUGCCGCCGACAGUGCUGGUGGGCAACAUUGGCAACGUGAUCUUGCAGAAGGAGACCAUCUCCCAGUACCUCAAGAGAGUAUACGACAGCAACCCCGACAAGCCCGUCGUCGGCCUCUUCUCGUUCCAAAAGCCCUUCCUCAUGGUCCGCAGCCUGGACGUGGUGAGGAGCAUCUUGGUGAAGGACGCCGCUUACUUCCUGGACAGGUCCAUGGGUUCUUCCUCGGACAAGAAUGCCGACCUGGCGUCCAGGACCCUCUUCAUGCUGAAGGGCAAGAAGUGGAGGCACAUGAGGGUCAAGCUCACCCCCACCUUCACCUCCGGCAAGAUCAAGAAGAUGUUCUACCUCAUCAACGAGUGCGGCAAGGAGUUGCUGAACUGCAUCGACCACGAGAUGUCUAAAAAUAAGUCGGUUCUGGUGAAGGACACGGUGGCCAGGUAUUCCACUGACGUCAUCGCCUCCUGCGCCUUCGGGGUGAACGCCAACGCCCUCGCCGACCCGAACUGCGAGUUCCGGGCCACCAUGAGGAAGGUGUUCGAGUUCGACGGACUGAAGAAGUUCGUCGUCAUGUUCGCGUACGUGGCUCCGUGGCUGCUCCGGAUGCUGCCUCGGCGCAAAGGCCAAGGGAACCCAGUCUACGACUUCGUCCGAAAGACGUUCUGGGACGUGGUGGAAUACCGCAAGAAGCACGGCGUGGUCCGCAAGGACUUCGUGGACAUCCUCAUGCAGAUGAAGAACGAGGGAGAAGUUCGCUUUGAAGACGCCAAAGAACAGGAGGAGAUAAAAAAGGACAGCAGAUACAUGAAUCCGGAGGACCUUAAAACUGAUAUAAAACUGGUGGACGACGACUUCGUAGCGCAGGCCUUCAUCUUCAUACUCGCUGGCUUCGAAACCUCCUCCUCGGUCCUGUCGUUCGCCCUGUACGAGCUGGCGAUGAAUCCUGCCGUCCAAGACCGACUGCGGAGAGAGAUACAAGCAGUUCUUGAAAAACACAAUUCUGAAGUGACGUACGAUGCCAUAGCAGAGAUGGCUUACCUGGAGAUGGUUAUUUCGGAAACCUUGCGAAUGUACCCAACCGUGCCCCAGCUGGAGAGGAAGUGUCUGCAGGACUACAAGAUCCCGGGGACGGAGAUCGUCGUUGAGAAAGGCACCAGCGUCAUGAUCCCGGUGCUGGGAAUUCACCGCGACAAGGACAUAUACCCGGAGCCAGAGCGGUUCGACCCUGAACGGUUCACUCCCGAGAACAACAGCAAGAGACACCAUUUCGCGCACCUCCCGUUCGGCGAAGGACCGAGGAUAUGCAUUGGCAUGAGGUUCGGCCAGAUGCAGGUGAAGACGGCUCUGGUGCACAUCCUGACCACCUACCAGGUGCGGCGCUGCGCCCAGACGCCUCCAGCGCCGCUGGAGCUGAGGACGUCUUCCGGGUCGCCGGCGCCCAAGAGGGACGUGGUGCUGGCCUUCCAGCGCCUCCAGUGACGUCAGCAGGGUCACUGCCACAACGCCGAAUGUCAAAGUUGACCACAACGCCCGACAGCUAGAAAACUUGCUGUGUACCACAACGCUGAAAUAACAACUGAAUGAAUUUGUGUGUGUUUCUUAAAUGUACCUUAACGCCGAAAUACCACAAUCAAACCUAACCUUACCUAACCUAACCUAACCUAGCCUAACCUAACCUAGUCUACCCUAACCUAGUCUAACCUAACCUAACCUUUGUGGCAGUCCUGCAAUGUCAAUUUUUCGGCGUUAGUGUAUUUCGGCGUUGUGGUAAUUCGGCGUUGUGGUACACAGCAGUUUUCUAGCUGUCGGCGUUGUGGUCAAUUUGGCAUUUCGGCGUUGUGUGUCAUCCCCCCGGACGAACAUCUACCAACCACCUUCCACGAGUUACUCACACGCUCCGAGUUCCCUUGCUUCAAAACACGAGGUCACAGAGAAACAUCUUAAAAACAGAGACAUGAACAAAAACCCCUCUCUAGUUUGUCAACCGAACACACGACUUGGAAGACGGAUCAUCUGGCAUCUUCCAACGAACAUCCGACCAUCUGGAAAUGCGAAGGCCGGUCCGUUUACGUCUGGGGCGUUCGUCGGCCGAGAAGGCCGAAUUAGAGACCGGAAAAAUUCGCGAGUUCAUUUCGCGAUAGGCUAAAAUACUAAUAUUUAUACCUCAGUGCUGCCUCUGCUAUUGGCUCACAACUCACCUGGAUGACUCUGGGCCAAUGAGAAACACCCGGCCAAAGCUGUAUCGAAUCACAGGCUUCUACGUUGGGAGGUCUCACAAGACAACAGCCAAUGAGAGGGUGACAUUUGACCGAGUGUACGUAGAACUAUGGAGUUCAUCCUGCGGGCCAUUGACACCGCUAAUUUUUCCGGUCCCUAGUCCGAAUAUUUACUGUUAUUUCUAACAAUUUAUCGGAGACCCAUCCUUAAGAAGCUUCUUUGUGGCAAAAAAAAAGUUUUCUUUUAAUUAUAUAUGUACCUAGUACAUUUAAUCGGCAAUACAAAUGUUUGAAGUUAUUGAUAAUCAAGUUUUCUUUGACACAUUUUGUUUAUCAAUGCAUUAAUACCUGUCAGCAAUCAACAAUAAAUUGGUCCUUCGUGCUAUCGGCUUUUCUCCCGACGAACGUAUUCUUAAUGAAUCACCAUGACGACCACAAUAUGUGCCAUAAUGCCAAAAUAAAUUUUCUUCUCUCUAGUGUUAAACAAUCCUAAUAAUUAUAGGCACACAAUGUGAAAACUAAAUGGCGAUUUAUUUGAUCAAUUUGAGGGGGAAAUUCUGAUAGCUAUGACUGUAGUCAAAUCUCAUACACUAUGAAUGUUUAUCAGAAAUUUUAAAAAAAACUGAUAACAUGCAUAGUAUGUAUGAUGCGGAAAUUUCCAGCAAAAAUUAAAACAAAA